AUGGCGUCGUCGGUGCGGGCCGGGCCGCGGCUGCGGCGGGCGGUGCAGGCCGGGGAGCUGGCGGCGCUGCCCGCGGGGCUGCGGGGUGAUAUGGAGGCGGCGCUGGCGACAGAAGGAGCGCUGGUGCCUUUUAGCCUGCUGCGGAGGGUGCACGCCGCGCUGCGGGAGGCAGGGUCCCCACUGCACCUACACGAGCUGCUGGAAGGCUGCGAGAUCCACCUGCCCGAAGUGCCGGUGCCGCCGCGGAACCCCGAGCUGGUGGCCCGGCUGGAGCGGAUCAAGGCCAAGCUGGCACACGAGGAGUACCAGCGGAUGACCCGCAACAUCACCGGCCAGGAGAUGAAGGGGCCAUUGGCUGAAUUUGGGAGACAAGUGCGCUCCGUGAAGGCCGUUGUCAUCACCAUAUUCAACUUCAUUGUCACCGUGGUGGCCGCCUUCGCCUGCACCUACCUGGGCAGCCAGUACGUCUUCGCAGAGACGGCAGCGCGCGUCCUGUCAGCCGUCAUUGUGGCCUCGGUGGUGGGCUUGGCCGAGCUGUACGUGAUGGUGCGGACCCUCGAAGGGGACCUUGGGAAACUAUGACCAUGAACUGCAGCCUUCGUGCUGGAGGCUUUUUGUCCUCCCCAGGAGCCGUUAAUUUGGAACAGUUUUGUCUUGUCCCAUCUGUUUUUACCUGCUCCUGCUACGGGAAGAUGGCUGCAUUCCUCAGGCUCGUCCUUUGCUUCCUGCUCCCGAAAUGAAUUAUGGAUUGAAAAUCCAUGAAUUAUGGAUUGAAAAUCCAGCUGCAGAACAGAAGAGGGAAUGGCUGUGGACUCUGACCACCCCAGCAUGGAGAGGGGCAUCAGCUCCCACCAUUCCUGUUCUCCUGUGAAGUUCCUGUCCUUGUAUUCUGGAAAUAAAUAACAUUGUGUGUUUGUAACCUU